AAAUGAAGACGUAAAUGGAUAUCUACUUUGGGAAAAACAAUGGUAUUGUGCAAAAGUGUUACAAUAACAUGUGUCAUUGCAAAAUCAGCUUGAUAAAAUUAAUAUAGAACUAAACAAGGGCAGAUUCAGGGGAGGGGCACAGGGGCACGUGCCCCCCUGUCAAUUUUCUAUCGACAAUUUUUUAGCCAUAACACUUCCACUUUCAAUACAGUUACAGAGUAUUAAUAUUGACUAUACACAAUCCAUAGAAAUGAUCAAUAAUGUAAAAAAUGUGUUUACUACAAUAAGACAAAAUUCAAAAACUGAAUUUAAAAACAUUUUUGAAGAAACAAGAAUAAUUGCAGUAAAAAUGGACGUUGAUAUAAGGAUUCCAAGAGUAACAAAAACACAAUGUAAUCGUGCAAACACUCAGCCCCAAACAACUGACUUAUCUGAAUUUUACUACCACGUUAACUAUAAGUUACAGACUUUGAAGUUCGCCGAUAUCGACAUAACGGCCGCCCGUUAUACUGAAUACGCGCAUUAAGAGAAUCGCCAACUACAGAAAUGGAACAGAAAACAGUAAAACAGAAAAAAAAUGUACCCUUAUGUCUAUUCAAAAACAGUAGUGUGCAAAAGGUGCAAUCAAUUGGACGGCUCCAAAAAAUGGUCAAUUUUAUAUUCCAUACUUACGAAGGUCGGCGUGGCGGUAGUGGCGAAAGGGGAGGUCGUGGUAGAAAAAGAGGCGGCACCGGUGUCCCGAAAGCCUUUCGAGGGCGUUGUAAUCUGUGCACCGUCAGAGGCCACCGGGCAGCGGAAGUCGCCAAAAAGAAGGGGCAAAUCCCGCUGCAGCCGCCGCCGCCAAAGAGACGGCCGAGGACCCACCUCCCCUAGCCGCCGAGGAAGAAACCACCGCCACCGCCAUCCAAAAGGAGCCGUCCAAAUUGGGGGUGGGAAAGAAAAAGGAGAAAACAAAAGAUAAUUGAAGAUAAAUCAAAGAAUAAUUGUAGCGGUGAGCAAAAUACCAAAGUGAGACGUAUGUUUUAUAUUUUUAUGAUCUGCAUAUUAUU